UGACUUUUGCAUCCCUUUAUUUGUGUAAUGAAAGAACAAGCACCUCUAUGGGAACUCAGUGCCCUGACAGUUUAAUUACUUGUCAAGUUUACUCUGGGCAGGUAUUGAUCAUUCUUUCGUGAAAUGAGUUAGGUACUUAUUAAAAACAAACAACAAAACCCUCCUUUUCACAUAGCAUGGCGGCAUUUCCCUUGGUAACAAGGUUGAGUGGAUCCACCAAGGCCCAGCAGCCUGCCCCCUUUACCUAAGAAUUGUAACUACUGUCCACCCAGAAGAGAGGCGUGAGGUGGGAUGUGAACCAGAAUGAACUCGUCGGAAUCGUCAAGAGUCGUUGUGUGACCCUCACCUUGGCUUCGGGCAGUUUGUGGGGACCCAACUGCUUUCUUGCCGCCGCUUGAGUUUCCCGCAGCCAAACACCUCACCCACCCGGGACCCUCCAACUGUCCGGCUAGAGCAGGGGAUGGGGGUUGUCUGUCGAUCGACAUCGGGGUCAAAGGCUAAAGUCCAUAGCCGCUUCGGAACCGUUCGAGUCCUGAAGCCGCUCCACGCCUCCUCGGUCACCACCUGGUCCCCGCAGGACGCGGUAGUCUCGGGCUCCAGCCCGGAAGGGAGCGCGGUUGCCCUCACCCGCCCCGCGCGGCCUCACCUGCCGCUCCCCGGAUAUCUCAACACCGCCCUGUCCCCGCCCCGCACCCGCCCACGUCCUAUAAGUAGAGGUCCCAAGCCCCACGCAGCAAUGGCGCAGCCGGAAACUGACCCCUGGACUUCCUCCCGCUCGGCUGGCGGGUCAAGACGCCUGUGGGCGGGACGCAAAGGCCGCGACUUCCGCCUUCCUGCUUCCGGUCAGGCGGUGAGUCGGGAGUGGGAUCCGAGCCCCUGGGGAGAUGUAGAGAGGGCAGGUGACAGCCGCGGCAGUGCUUUUCUCCCGGUACCCAGCAGAAACGGCGGAGGCGCCGAGUGUGGCGGGGCCAACCCAGGAUCCCCCGGCUCUGCGCUCGCAAGACGAGGGGCUCGCUCUUGCUAAGGCCGAGGGGCAGGGGUGAACGUGGCUCCCGUGCGUCUGCGGCCCGGAUAGGAAUUUAAACCAUCUCUCAGAUGUAUACAGUAGAACUCAAGAAGACAGACAAUCAAGGGUCAUCUGAAUCGUGAUUGGGUCACUGAUAAUACCAGGACAAAGUUAGAGAUCACUACUGAAGCAUAAGCCCGUUUUCAUAAGACUGCUAUGAAGAUGUUUGAUAUAAAGGCUUGGGCUGAGUAUGUUGUGGAAUGGGCUGCAAAGGACCCAUAUGGCUUCCUUACCACUGUUAUUUUGGCCCUUACUCCACUGUUCCUAGCAAGUGCUGUACUGUCUUGGAAAUUGGCCAAAAUGAUUGAGGCCAGGGAGAAGGAGCAAAAGAAGAAACAAAAACGCCAAGAAAACAUUGCAAAAGCGAAACGACUAAAAAAGGAUUGAAGGACUGAACAGUCUCUGCAACUAGGGAAAAUCAUUUGGAAAAUUAUGCAUCUUUGGAAGAACCCAUUGAAGUUCUUUGGAUUUUUUUUUUUUUUUUUUUUUUGAGACGGAGUUUCGCUCUUGUUACCCAGGCUGGAGUGCAAUGGCGCGAUCUCGGCUCACCGCAACCUCUGCCUCCUGGGAUCAGGCAAUUCUCCUGCCUUAGCCUCCUGAGUAGCUGGGAUUACAGGCACGCGCCACCAUGCCCAGCUAAGUUUUUUUGUAUUUUUAGUAGAGACGGGGUUUCACCAUGUUGACCAGGAUGGUCUCGAUCUCUUCACCUCGUGAUCCACCCGCCUCAGCCUCCCAAAGUGCUGGGAUUACAGGCGUGAUUUCUUGACAGUAUUUAGUAAAUGAAAUUUGACCAAAUGGAAGAAUCAUGUUCUGACCUCAAUACUGUAGUGACUUUUAGGCUUGGGUGUAGAAGUGUAUAGGUUUCUAUUGACAGUUAUUGUAAAUUAGCGUUUAAUAUGGUAAAUAUUCCUUAUAACCGACUUAGUAAUUUGCUGCUUAGUAGAUUAUGUACUGAAAUGAAGACAUCCUAUAGGGAAAAAUGAGUUUAGAUUAUGAACUCAAUUCAAAUGAACUCUAUUUAAAAUGAGGUCCUGUUUUGGACAAAGGAAAUUAAAAAUGUAAAAGAACUGUCCUGUCUGAGGUAAAAAGUGUGCUUUGGCUUAAAAGAGAUACAGUAUAUUAAUUACAUCUAUUAUUAUUAUUGCUUAUUUCUUAGAGUCAUUUCUGGCUUUCUCAAAACAAUAAUAUUAAUGAGUACUUCUGUUUGCUGCAUUUUCUUAUUUUAGCCUUUGAGACAGCUGGGAAUUAUCAAGACAUUUUGCAUUUUUUAAAAUGUGAUUUUAUAAAGAAUUAUCUUUACUAUUUAGAAUACCACCUAUUGGAUAGAACAAUUUUUGUACUUAAACACUGCCAUUUUCAUAGAGAUGGCUUUUUGAGAGGAGUAACACUAUGGUUAGAGCUUGCAGUAAAAAUGCCAAACACUGUAGUAACUUGGAACCAGGUUAUUCUUAUGCUAAGCAGAACUGUAAAAUAGUGUCUUAUCAGGGAAUUCGCUGAUUACAUAGACACCACUUUUGUUUUUUAUUUCAUUCUUUAACUCGUAGUGAUAUUUAAUACUUUCUGAUCAAACAGGUUCAAAGUGAAACUUUGAAUUUCUGUUAAAGAACUCCUCAAGAGUAACAGUGAAGUCAUACUUCAUAAGUGGUAAAGAAAGGUAUAAAGUUUGUAAACAUUUUGUUGGGUAUAGUAGUAAUUGGGUGAAAAGGAUAAAUUAUAUCAAAAUGAGAAUGUGCUGUAACUGGAAUUAACGAGCUAAAGGAUGUUUCUUUCAGUUAAGUAGUAUAACUGGAACAUUUUACUAUUAAACAUGGCUUUUAUAAAUGCAUGGCCCAUUAAUUUUUAUUCACUGUUAGUAUUUAAUUCACUGUCAGCUUAUUAAUGUUUUCUGUACCCUGAUAAUGAAUUUUAAGGUAUAAAAAAUUGUCCUGCAGCUACAGUUUAAAAAAUUAAACUAGAUAUUAAAAUAAAUUUGAUAAUUUUUUAUAAA